GACGGUAUGGAGUUAUUACCAAAGGAUUCUUUAUUUGAAUUCAACCCGGAUACAAUACAGUAUUUAAGAAAACAAUAUGAUUUAGAUACACCGGGAAGGAUUGAGGAAGCUGUCCAACUAUUGCAUGACUGGAUUGAAAAACAACCUCAUUUUAUGAAAAAAGAUUUCGCUAGAGACUAUUUGGAGAGGACAAUUAUUAUAUGUAAAGGUUCAGUGGAAAGAGCUAAAGUUAAAUUAGAAAAAUUAUGCACAUUCAGGACAUUGUAUCCGCAUUUCUUUGUAACCGGCGAUGUUAAGAAUUUUAAAUCUCUAACAGAUUUACAUGGCGCGUUUCUUCCGAAACUGACAGAGGACCAUUAUAGAGUCUUCAUGUUUAGAAACCAAGCGAAAGUUCUCGAAAAUGGAUUUAAUGAGUUUUAUCGCUACUUUUUUAAGCAAUGUGAAUAUUUACAAGCUCACGAUUACUGCAAUGGAAUGGUGGUCUGUAUUGAUUAUCAAGACGCUGCUAUAAUGGAAGCUGUAAAAGCAUUGAAUGUUGCUGAUCUACGACAAACCUUGGUAGUAAUGAAGGAAGGAUAUGGCAUGAGAAUCAAAGGAUUGCACUUUCUGUCUGAAUCGAAAGCGAUGGAUAUUGUCUUAUCUAUAUUUAAACAAGUAUUCAGCGCAAAGGUCUUUGAACGAAUAGUAGUACAUAAGAAUGUUGAUACGUUACAUGAUUUUGUGCCUAAAGAUAUUUUACCAGAGGACUAUGGCGGCAAAGAGAAACCUCUAUUCGAACUUCACCAAAAAUAUCUAAACAUACUGAGUUCCAAGGAUUUCACUGAUUACACAAAUGAAAUGAAUAAGGCGAGAACCGACGAGAACUUGAGACAAGGAGACAAUGACUACUGUUUGGGGGUCACGGGAACUUUUAGAAAAUUAAACGUUGAUUAAAAUUAA